UUUUCGCUUUUACAGAAAAGCAGUUCGUACACAAUUAACACAUCGAAAUACGUAGUGAUUUGAGGUUAAAAUCAGAUGUUCAAGUCGAAUUUUCAUCCUCAGAAAAAUCUAUGAAAAUAUAAUAUUGAAAGAUGAAUCCUGUGUUACGCACGAUCCAAGCUUGCGUCCGCUCUAUGAGACACACUAAGUACAGUACUCUACCCUCAGAAGCGGUAAUAUUUAUGGAGGACGAUCGCAUGGUUGUCUGCUGGCAUCCAGAGAAGACAUUUCCCUACGAGUGUUCCUUACCUCUGCCUGAAGAAAAGCCCGACUUUUCUGUACUGCGUAUCGGAAACAAAGAAGUUACUGAGAUGUUUAGGAAAAAGAAGGAGUAUCAAGUUGUAGAAGAAUUAACGAAAGUCACAUAUACUACCAAGCACAAAUGGUAUCCUAGGUCCAGAGACAAGAAAGCAAAAGACACGGAACCUGAUAGGCCAUAUUUGUAACAUUUGACAAGAAUCCAAAACGUUUCUUGGUGAAAAAGUAUUGUAUUUAAUUCACUUUACAUAUGUAGUUAUAUUCUGCAAAACUUAUAUUAAUAAAUGUACAAAAAUAAUU